UGCAGUACGGACCUCUUUUCUGCUGGAAUCGCAAUGGUUCGCGGCUUCGUCGCACGGCCGGGGCUUAACUUGUUCAUUUGUCGAGUUUCGGAAUCGCCAUUCGACCUAUCCGCGGAAGGCCUUUGAGAUCCUUGAAGACCGGUGGCAAUUGCCAGCUUGUUCGACUCGACUGACAAGGACAAUCUCCUUUCGUCCCGCUACUUUCUCUCUGUCUCCCUCUGUCCUCAAACCGUGAUAUCACGCCGACGCACAUCAAUAGAGCACUCGUGCUGUCGUCCGAACCCAUAUUGAUUACCUCACAGUAUGCCAAUAGAUCCCGACGCCUACAUGUCAGGGGCGAUCCCCACUCUCUCGAGGGGAGGCGGCUGGCUUCCUUCUGGCUCAACAGGAAACUCACGACGAGCGAGCGACAUUGAUAAACCUCCAUCAUCACCAACAUGUGCGCCUCGUGCUUCCUCUGGCAUGAGUAUGGACAUGUUUUCAGGGUUCUGGAAGAGUCCCAUGUAUGGGAUUGGACCGGGCGCACCUGGAGGACCGGUUGGAUCAGAUCAUUCCAAAAGAUUCGGUAGUUCUCGGACCGUUCCUCCGAGCCCACUUGGUAUCAAGGGUACCGCUCUGUACCCCUCCACGAUCAACAUGAGUUCCGGCUGGGCUCCCCGAACCAAUCCAGCAAGUUCAACAAGAUUAGGCCACACCAUGCCAUCUCACGCUCAACGACCGACCCUGCACUCCCGACACAGUAUGCCAUUACCUUCCGAUGACACGAGUGCAUUUACAAGCUCGAGCUCUCAGCACAGCAUCGCUUCGCCCAAACGUCAGACCUCAUCUGUUCCCAACUCAACUCGCGUUCGUAAAGGAUCUGAAGUCUGGCAGGGGAGUUCGUGGGAAGGUGGAGCAGGUGCUCCUAGGCCGAUGACCCGCGAACCCGAUUACGGUGCGAAAUCAAGGCAUCAAUCGCCUUACAUCUCGUCUGUUCAGCCCCAUAGACGGAAAGCAGAGACAUUGCCUUCUCCGCCUGUUCCUGAUGAGCUCGCAUUGGCAAAAAAACCUCUACACGAGACAUUUGAUACACGGCAACAUGAUCAUCGGUUGGUGAUUCAUUCGCGUAAGACAUCUUUGGAUCUCAAGAAUACUUCACACAUUCCGAAAGAGACCAAGAGACCGAGCACGAGCAGACGACACACCCACCAGCCAUUGACUCUGGUGCAAGCAGAAGAGGAUGAUCUAGACCCACAGAAUGAAUUUGCUCCGUCCACAGGACGAAGUCUCGCAGUCGACCACGGGUCAAGAUCACCAAUGACACGAGUGGACACUACAUCUCGCCCUCCAAAGCUACCACACGAGCGGUCCAGAAGCUUGACCAAAAUCCCACUGAAUGAUGUUCAGUCCCCUCCUACAUCGCCAUAUAUCAAGUUGACCAGGCGACAAACCAGGCAUUCACUUCAAUUCACAGCCCCGUCACACGCUUCCCCUCUGUAUCACCACUCGUCGGCUGGCGAGUCUCGACAACGACAUGUCUUAAUGCCCCACACAUCUGUCCCGACCGCCCCAUCAUCUUCAAGCCCCGUCCCUCUCCAUCCCACCGAUCCACCCGCUAUGGAUUUGUCCUCCUUGUCGUCCGCUCUACCGGCCAUUUCGACCCCGUCUUCCCGUCAGAAACAAUUUCCAUCACCUGCCAUUCCACGUCAAGCCCCUUUAGAGCUUCAGAGCCCGUCGAACCUUGGACCAAGACUGGCACAUGAAGAGCCAGGAUACGACCCUUAUUCCAUGCAUCCUGCAGCUCCUGCUCCGCCCCGAGCAGAUCGCGACAUCUUAUCCACGUCCAUAACCCAGAAUAUAGAUCCGCCGCUAUCAGCGUCCACGUCCAGCACCGCCGAACGAUCAGGUACAUACACCCCUAUCGGGUAUGCUGGUCCUACGAGGCCUGUCGCUUGGAAUCGCGAUGGACCCGCCAUGAAGACGUACGGUGUGGCAUGGAAGAAACACGUUGACGGGCUGGUACUGCCCAAUGAACCUCAAGGACCUAGAUGGAUACAGGCGAGACCACCAAGAUCAGGAGUGGUCAUUGGAGGAGAAUGGGGACAAAGCGGCGGCGGCGUGUAGAUUUCAUGGACCGUUGUGAGGAGAAAAAUUCGUUGGAUAUACAAAAACUGUGUGACAUGCAGUGACU